AUUUUGCAAGACAGGAAACGAGAGAAGCAGAGAACUAGAAAAGACGACGACUACUACUUGGGAGACAACCUUAGCACAAAUCCCAGGCUUCGGUGUAACACGGCAGGUAAAGGGUGGGAAAGUAAUUGAGUUUAACUUUGUUUAAUGCAUCUCUGAGACGAGAGACGUCGUUUGAGUUCAACAGCUUGAACAUCAGAAAUGGGCUCUGAGGAGAAAGAUUCAGAGGCUGCAGCUCAGGAGGCGCCGCAGGACAAAGGGUCACCACAGAAGGAGAAGGAGUCUCCUCCAGAGCAGGCAUCAGAGGUGAUGGACCCCCUCAACACGUACAAAUGGCACACUGGCUCCAAGGGAACGCUCAAUGAGGCGAAAGAAGAAGGCGAAGGAGCCGCCGCCGCCGCCGCCGCCACCACCGCCACCGCCGCCGCCUCCACAUCUACAAUCGACAGGAUUCACAAGGCCUCCGCCAACAAGUGGAGCAAAAUGCAAAACUGGCGAAAGGCCCUAAGCGAGGACCCUGGGGACAAAAGCCCAUCAGGUACAAAAGAUGGAGAAGGGUCCAAGGCGGAAAAAAGCACAGGAGUGAGCAAGAAGAACCCCUUCAGACGGGCCCUGUCCGAGCCCCCCGGCGCUCGCUUCGCCGCCCUCACACAGUCCUUCGGCACAUCCACCGCAGCCUCGUCCUCAGGCGCUGCAGACGCCUCAGGGGGCUCCUCCACGGACCCCGCUCAGAAGGGAGGUGGGGGGGCCAUGCUGCAAAAGUGCUUCAGGGCCGUGUCCCAGAAGCUGAAGAGGCCCAAGCUGCUCCUGCGGAACAGCACCCAGGCGCUGCUGUCAGACGUAGGUAAGGAUGGACCGACACCAGCUCCGGCCACUGAGCUGCCCAGACAGCAGUGGGCCCCACCUCAGGAGGUCCCCCUGUGGGACAUAAGCAACUGUACCAUUGAGGACGGACAGAUUCUCAUAUCCCCUGAGGAAGAGCCAACAAUGUGGACCCGAAACCGUAUGAGCAGCUGCCUCUCCAACCUCAGCAUGCAGAACCUUGUAGAUAUCGACACAGAAUGUAGUCCCGAUCACGUGGCCGUGGGAGGGGUCACUCGUCCAAAGACCCAAGAUGGUGGCGUGAGGGCGCUGAUCAAGAGACGCCUCGAAAACAAGGCCAAGAGGCACAGCAACGCGAACGCACCUGGUCUGAACAAAGUAGGAAGGCAAUACGAUUCUCGGGAGUCGGUGUCAAUCGCAGUCAGUGCAAGUCUGGAUCUGAGUGCAGACACCAGCACCGUCAUCAGGCCCGUCCACAGCUCCAUCCUUGGGGAGAAGUACUGCUUUGAGGUGAUAAACACUGAGAACACACACUGCUUCGGCUGCUCCUCAGCUGCCGAACGCGACCGCUGGAUUGAAGACCUGAGGAGGGCUGCCCAACCCAAUAAGGAUAAUAUUGAGCGCACAGAGAACUCCUUGUGUCUGUGGGUAAACGAGGCAAAGGAUCUGCCGCCCAAACGACGCUAUUACUGUGAACUACAUCUGGACGGGACCCUGUUUGCUCGCACCACCAGCCGAGCUGUUGCCAAGCAACCUAACCGCUCCAGUCUGGCAGGGGACAGUUCCAUGGUGUCGUCUGGAGGCCAAGGAGCCGGUGCAGCUGCAGGAUGCCAGCUCUUCUGGGGUGAAUUCUUUGAGCUAGACAACCUGCCGGGCAUCUCCCAAAUCAGUCUGCAUCUCUUUCGUGAAGAAGACGCCAAGAAAAAGCGUCACUCCCGAGACGAGGCAAGUCUGCACCCACUGGGCAGCGUAGCCAUACCUUUAUCGGAUGUCCAAGGCAGGACCUACCAGGAGAAGUGGUACCCCAUUAUUCCAUUCAAGUCCCCUGGCACAGUGGGGAAUAAAGAUGCCCCGGGGCCACAGUCUUUGCUUCGCAUCAGGGCCCGUUUCCAGAACCUGCUAGUGCUGCCCAUGGAGAAGUACAAAGAGUUCGCUGAGUAUGUGACAGUGCAUUAUAUGGAAAUGUGUCAAAACCUGGAGCCACUUCUGAGCGUGAAGGAGAAGGAGGAGCUGGCGGGGGCUCUUGUCCACGUUCUGCAAAGUAUUGGCAAAGCCAAGGAGUUCCUCAUUGAUUUGGGCAGUGCAGAGGUGAAGCACUUUGGUGACAAGGAGGCGUUGAUCUUUAGGCAGAACACACUGGCCACUAAAGCCAUAGACGAGUACAUGAAGCUAGUUGGCCAGAAGUACCUCAUAGAUACGCUGGGGGACUUUAUCAAUCGUCUUUAUGCCUCAGUGGAGAACUGUGAAGUUGAUCCUCGUAAGUGCCCUGCGGCCGAACUGUCCAACAACCAGAAGCACUUGAAGGAGACCUGUGAAGAAGUGGUGCAGAAGAUCAUUGGGCUCCACGGCUCUUUUCCAGGAGAGCUGAAUAAAAUCUUCUCCAAUUGGGUGGAGCUGUGUGAAGACCAGGGCAGACCAGAGAUUGGCCAGCGGCUCAUCUCUGCCUCCCUCUUCCUGCGAUUCCUGUGUCCUGCUAUUCUGAGUCCUUCUCUGUUUGGUCUGACCCAGCCUUACCCAGAGUCAAACACUCUGCGCACCCUCACCCUGACUGCCAAGGUCAUCCAAAACCUGGCCAACUUCACUCUGUUUGGGGAAAAGGAAGAGUACAUGUUGUUUAUGAAUGAAUUCCUGCAGCAGCAUUGGGAUGGAAUGAGGGGUUUUCUGCAAACAGUGUCUAACGCAGACACUGAAAUCCCAAUGACGUCCUUCGAUGGCUACGUGGAUCUGCCUCUGCGCUUGGCAGUUCUUCAUGGCCUCCUGGUCGACAUCAUCUAUCGGAAGGACCAGGACACAAUCACCAAACUGCACCCUCUCCCCUCCAAUCUGAACCAGAUAAGUGAGUCACUUGGCCCUGAAGCCCCUCGGAUCAUAAUAAACAGCCAAACGGGUCAAGCCAAACCAGUGUAUGUUCCUCCAAAAGACUUGGCCAAGUACAGCCCCCUCCAGCAGAUUCCAGUGGAGAGCAAAGGCCUGCGACAAAGUGCUACCAAAGCUCAGAAGAAAUUAACGAGGACUCAGAGUGCUCCACACGGUCGGCACGUUCAGGCAAAGCUUGCCCUGAAGAGGCAGGCAAGUUCUGAAGCUCUGCCAACAACGGACCAUGAACAAGAGCCACAAACAAAUGAACCACUCAUCUCACCACCAAAUACUAAUGCCAGUAUUAAGCGUCCACCUGCACCAGUUCCCUGGAUCAAAGUCAGCCAAAACAGAGAGUCAAGCGAGGUGAAGGUUGAGAAUGAGGAGCUCAGCUUAAUGGACAGACAUGCUCAAGAGCUGUCAGAACUUCGUCUGGGGAUAGAGCAGGUAACGGACCGUGAGCUGGAAAUGGCAAAGCGCCUGGAGGACUUCAUCAUCCAAAGCCAGGACCAAAACACAACGCUGCAGGCGGAGGUGAACGAGCUCCAGAACCUGCUGGCUGUGCGGGAAGAGCAGCUCGCCAGUGCCAUCUUCAGGUUAGGUGUGAUAGAGGAAGAGCGGGAGGAGGAUGAGAGGAAGCUGAGUGUUGCCAUGGCAGCAGCGGAGAGAACAAAUGUACUGGAGGAGCAGUUUGCUGACCUACUGAGGGAACUUCACCAGCUCAGUGAAGCCUACAAGAACAACCCCAACAACAUCCAACAUCCUGAAAAACCUUGCAUCAACAAUAACUGAGCCCAAAAGAAAUGAAUUCCCUUUUAUAGUUUUGUAUAAAUACAUAUGCAGUAGUUAUAGAAACCACUGCCUCCAGGUAUAAUUUUAGCCCAUUAAAAGAUAUACAUUACAUUUAUUGAGACUUAUAGAGCUGUUGUGAAUAGCAAGCGAAGUGAAAUGUGAAUUUGUGUUUAAACCUUUUGUUUGACUAAACUGAAAUAAAAACGUGUAGAUCUCUGAAACAG